CCGCCUUCUCAUUAACAUUCCUCAGUUGUGGGUGUGAUACCGAGAAGAUCUCCGGCGCGCGGAGCGGAGACGCGCACCGGCUCCGUGCGUUCAGAAGAGAAGAGGCGCAGCUGCCGGUGGAAGGGGAGUGACGAGGAGGAGCGGAAAAAGAGACAGCAGAACCUCACCGCCGGCGACCAUUCCUCUACUGGUGUCAUUUACCUGCUACAAAACGCACAUUUCAAGAAGACUUCCUCUUUUUUUUCUCUCCGAGGCUAAAGGUUCUUAAUAUGUGUUGGAUCUAACGCCUCCAAACAGAAACAAGGGAAGACCAGACUCAUCUGGUGGAUGUGGACACCUGAACUGUAGACAUGGGAAAUAUAGUGAAUUUAUUUUUUUCUAUUCUUCUGGUUUUAUGGGUCUGCGCGUUUGGGGGCUCGCCCAGUGUUCAAAUUGGGGGACUUUUUCCAAGGGGCGCAGAUCAAGAGUACAGCGCGUUUCGGAUAGGAAUGGUUCAGUUUGGAACCUCGGAAUUCAGACUGACACCCCAUAUUGACAAUCUGGAGGUUGCCAACAGUUUUGCUGUGACCAACUGUUUUUGUUCACAGUUCUCAAGAGGAGUCUACGCCAUCUUUGGGUUUUAUGAUAAGAAGUCCGUCAACACCAUCACGUCGUUUUGUGGCACGCUACAUGUGUCCUUCAUAACGCCCAGCUUCCCUCUGGAUGGAAACCUGCAGUUCGUCAUCCAGAUGCGGCCUGAUAUCAAGGGGCCCCUCCUCAGCCUGAUCGAGUACUACAAGUGGGACAAGUUCGCCUAUUUGUAUGACAGCGAUCGAGGCCUGACCACUCUGCAGGUUGUUCUGGACAUCGCAGCAAUAAAGGAGUGGCAUGUGACGGCCAUCAAUGUGGGAAACCUCAAAGAUGAGAAGAAGGACGAAGCUUACCGCUCACUCUUCCAAGAUCUGGAGAGCAAGAAAGAGAGGAGGGUGAUCCUGGACUGCGAACAGGACAAAGUGAAGGACAUCAUGGAGCAGGUCAUCAAAAUUGGCCAACAUAUUAAAGGCUAUCACUACAUCAUAGCUAAUCUGGGUUUUGUUGAUGGAGACCUUUCCAAAAUUCAGUAUGGUGGCGCUAACGUGUCAGGCUUCCAGAUUGUUGAUUUCGAAGAACCUUUGGUCUCAAAGUUUAACCAACGGUGGGAAGCACUGGAGGAGAAGGAAUAUCCAGGAGCAGACAGCAAAAUACGGUACACAUCAGCGCUGACCUACGAUGCUGUUCAGGUGAUGACAGAAGCCUUCAGAUACCUUCACAAGCAGCGCGUUGACUUCACGAGGAGGGCCAACACAGGGGACUGUCUGGCUAAUCCAGCUGUGCCUUGGGCUCAGGGAGUGGAAAUAGAGCGAGCCCUGAAACAGGUGAAUGUGGACGGCCUUUCUGGAAACAUCCAGUUUGAUCAACAUGGAAAGAGACUCAAUUACACAGUGGGUGUGAUGGAGUUAACGGAUAAUGGUCCUGUGAAGAUUGGAUUCUGGAAUGAAAACAACAAAAUGGUUGUGACCAAAAAAGAUAUCUCCAGCAACGACACAAUCGGGGGAAACAAAACAGUUGUUGUCACCACCAUUUUGGAAGCUCCGUAUGUCAUGCUGAAAAAGAACGCCGACCAGUUUGUGGACAACGAACGCUACGAGGGUUACUGCGUUGAUCUGGCUGCAGAGAUAGCCAAACACUGCGGCUUCAAGUAUGAGCUGAGAAUCGUGGGUGAUGGAAAGUACGGAGCCAGAGAUGCAGAAACCAAAAUCUGGAAUGGAAUGGUUGGGGAGUUGGUGUAUGGUAAAGCAGACAUCGCAGUGGCGCCCUUGACCAUAACAUUGGUGCGAGAGGAAGUGAUUGACUUCUCUAAGCCUUUUAUGUCUCUGGGAAUCUCCAUCAUGAUCAAGAAACCUCAGAAAUCCAAACCCGGAGUGUUUUCUUUCUUGGACCCGCUGGCCUAUGAGAUCUGGAUGUGCAUCGUUUUUGCCUACAUCGGCGUCAGCGUGGUGCUGUUUCUUGUCAGCCGCUUCAGCCCAUACGAGUGGCACACUGAGGAGUACGAAGACGGCCAGAUCCAGACCAAUGAGUCGACUAACGAGUUUGGCAUAUUUAACAGCCUGUGGUUCUCGCUUGGAGCCUUCAUGAGACAAGGAUGUGACAUUUCUCCCAGAUCCCUGUCUGGGCGUAUUGUUGGUGGCGUCUGGUGGUUCUUUACUCUAAUCAUCAUCUCCUCCUACACGGCUAACCUGGCUGCCUUUCUGACUGUGGAGAGGAUGGUUUCUCCCAUUGAAAGUGCGGAGGAUCUGGCCAAACAGACGGAGAUAGCAUAUGGAACUCUGGACUCUGGCUCCACUAAAGAGUUUUUCAGGCGCUCAAAAAUUGCCCUCUUUGACAAAAUGUGGACAUACAUGCGCAGCGCAGAACCCUCUGUCUUUGUAAAAACCACAGCCGAAGGGGUCCAGAGAGUCCGCAAGUCUAAAGGGAAGUACGCCUACCUGCUGGAGUCCACCAUGAACGAAUACAUCGAGCAGCGGAAGCCCUGCGACACCAUGAAGGUGGGAGGUAACCUGGACUCCAAAGGCUACGGGAUCGCCACGCCGAAAGGAUCCUCAUUAAGAACGCCAGUAAACCUUGCAGUAUUGAAACUCAGUGAACAAGGCGUCUUAGACAAGCUGAAAAACAAAUGGUGGUACGAUAAAGGUGAAUGUGGAGCCAAGGACUCUGGAAGUAAGGAGAAGACCAGUGCCCUAAGCCUGAGCAACGUGGCUGGGGUCUUCUACAUUCUGGUCGGCGGACUCGGUUUGGCCAUGCUGGUGGCCUUGAUUGAGUUCUGUUACAAGUCCCGAGCCGAGGCGAAACGAAUGAAGGUGACCUUUGGGGAUGCCAUGAGGAAUAAAGCGAGACUUUCCGUUACAGGGAGUACUGGGGAGAAUGGUCGGGUGAUGACUCCAGAGUUUCCCAAAGCUGUCCACGCUGUCCCGUAUGUGAGACCUGACAUGGGACUAAACGUCAGCCUGACAGAUCUAUCCUGAUCACUGAGAAACUCCUGAGUGCCUUACAACAGUUUUAAUAGAGUGAUUUUUUUUUUUCUUUCGUCCCUCGUUUCUGUUUUGGCACUUUUUUUUUUGUUUGUCUUGUGAAAAAGUAAAGGUAUGAGAGAGAUUUCUCUUUCUCCACACAAAGACUUUUACUGUUGCUCUCUAUCUACAUUUUCCAUAAAAUAGCUUCCCUUCAAGGGUGGAAUUUUACUCGAAAUAUAAACAGUUGGCUUUUGUUUUCUAGACUUGUGGUGUCAUGCUUUCCUACCUGCUUGAACUGGACUGAGAAAGAAGCAAGGGCUUGAUUCACGGCUGCAGUUUCUCCUGGGUGUCAGCGAUUCAGUCAGCCCCGCUGUAUUUGUGUGCCUGAAUAAUGGAAGUGCGUGUGUGUGUGUGUGUUUGCGUGCGUGUGUGUGUGUGUGUGUCUGCGUGAGUGUGAGAGAGGGAGGGGUCAAUUUAUUGAUUACAACUGUUUCUGUAGCCCCCGCCCGCCAAACUGGAUUUUCAAGCACACUUGAUAUCACCUCCAUUAAGAUGUGAAAUGGAUUUUUUUUUUUUUUUUGUAAAAAAAAUUUGCAGAGGAAAAAAAUGUACAAAAAAAAUAUUUUUAUGUAUUUUCACAGAAUAGCUUUUAAAUAAACUUGCGUACAUACUGGUUGGAUAUGAACGACUUAACGUGAGAGUUCAGAUAAAAAGUACUAAACAGCUUCUAGUUCCAUAAUUUGAAAGCCAAAAACAUUACAUAAGAGAGUGAGAUCUUAAAGUCAUGUAAUUAAUUCUUAAUAAAAACUUUCCUGUAUAUUUUAUUCUUUAACAUUAGGUGUUGAUAUGAUCUAUAUGUCAAUGCUUGACAUUUGGAAAUAAUCCUUCUUAGCUUUUUAUUGUUGGAGUUGUUGCAGCAAUUUUCUUUUGUUCUUUUGUCUCUGUUGGCUUCAGUGCUUUUGCUGUUUGUAAUUUUUCUGACGAGGACCAGAGUUACCGCUCUGUUUUCAAGAAGAAACAUAAUCUGUUUACAUGCCAUGAAUGGAAAACAAUGAACAGGAUGAUACGGUAUUAUAGUAUUACAUUCUGAGGACAUGAAGAGGAGGCAUCCACUUUCAUAUGGCUUAGGUGAAGGUCCAAAAUGCCAAAUAAGUAAGAGUGCCAAAUUCUAGUGCCAGUAGGUAUAACUAUAGUCUUACUAUAAUAAAUAACUGUCAUCUCAGUGAAUGUAAAUGACUCUGAUACAUUCUGUAACUUUUGUAUCUAGGUGUACAGUUGGUGGCAAUGACAGUGCUAAUAACAAUAGCCUUUUUGCUUUGUUUUUCCGUCUCCAUAUUUUUUGCAUUGAUCUGACAAUAAAGUAGCACCGGUUGCAUGUCGUUGCCACAUUAUACUACAUACGUUUAUUUCAUUAAUGCCAUUUGUUUUCAUUUUAUUGUUGAGACUGUGAGGUUACCUAUUUGAAAUUGGAAAUAUAAUGUAAGACAUAUACAUAUAUAAAUAUAGAUAUACACACAAUAUAUAUACAUAAAUCAUAUAUUUUAUAUAAAAAGUUAAAAUAUUUAAAAACUGUGUCCCGUUACAAAAGCUACUUUGCUUCCAUUAAAUACUACAUUUAUUUGUCAGCAUUCUAAAAAUGCUUUUAAACUAUUUUCACUUCUGUUUUGCACUAUUUUUUAAAUUAGCACAUUUGUCUUCAAUUCCCUGUCAAAACUCAACCUAAGCUGUAUUAUUUUCAAUGUUUCUUCAAAUCAACAUUAUAAACAAACCAUAGUUGCUAUUCAGUUCCAUUACAUAUUAACACUGACAUUUUGUAUAUGGAAUGUGUGCUAACUUCAUUAUUUUUGGAAACUAUUUCUAAAUAAAAGUUGCUGAUUUCUUGUUA